GCCAGGCCGAGAGCCCGACUGCCCGAGAGUGUCAGUGAGACCACGACGCUCCUUCCGCGGCUGCUCCUCGCGCCGCAAUCGCGCACCAAAACACCAAGAAAAGCUCCUUUUCUCUUCCCCCCCUCCAGCCCUCCUUUCGCACCCCAGGAAGGAUCGCCAGCGGCAGCAUCAGCACAAGAAGUUCCCCCCCAUGAGGCUAAGAUCCCUGCCGCCGCUUUCCCUCCUCCUUCUCCUCUUCGUCCUCCUCCAGUCCGAGGCAAACGCGUUCGCCUCCCCCACAGAUAACAUCGUGAGGCAGCUCUCCUCGGUCGUGAAGUGGCCGCGGGGUUCUUCCCCCCACUCGCCCAAGCAGUCCUCGCACUCACAGUAUGAUGGGAAUGUGGCACUGCAAUUUGAGAGUGGCUACUUUGUGGAGACCCUUGUUGAAGGAGACAAGCUUGGUGUCACGCCGCACACCAUCAGGGUGUCCCCGCUUGAAGGCGGAGAGCUCCUUGCAGUAGACUCAGCACAUAGCAACAUUGUGCGAAUAACCCCGCCGCUAUCCGAAUAUAGCAGGGCAAGACUAGUCGCUGGUUCUUUCCAGGGGCAUGCGGGUCAUAUAGAUGGUAAACCGAUUGAUGCGAGAUUCAAGCGCCCCACAGGCGUUGCUGUGGAUGAUACAGGAAAUGUCUAUAUUGCUGAUACAGCAAACUUGGCAAUUCGAAAGAUUGGGGAUUCAGGAGUGACCACUAUUGCUGGUGGAAAAUCCAAUAUCCCAGGGUAUAGGGAUGGUCCUAGUGAAGACGCAAAGUUCUCUACAGAUUUUGAUGUUGUAUAUGUGAAGAAAAUGUGCUCUUUAUUGGUCAUUGACCGUGGAAAUGCUGCCCUUCGGAAAAUUGCCCUUCCGCAAGAAGAUUGUACCUACCAGGAUGCUGCACUUCUAUCUUCAGAUAUCAUACUGGUCAUUGGUGCCGUUGUGGCUGGAUAUCUCUUUUCUGUGGUACAACAUGGAUUUGGUCCAUCAAGUUCUGAAAAGAUAGAAGCACCUGAAGACGAGAAACAAGAAAGCAGCACUGUAGGAAAGCCGCCUUUGGUUGUGGAGAGCCUUAAAGAGGAACCAAGCGCUGGAUGGCCAUCUUUUGGGACACUUGUUGCUGAUCUACUGAAACUUGCUAUUGAGGGCGUGGGGAGUCUUCUAUUCAACAUUGUCCCGUCACGCCUCCAACGUGUGAAGAGAAAAACAGGCCUCACUCCUCUCAAAGACAGGCUUGUCAUGCCUGAAGACAGAGAGGAGACACCAAUAGCCCAGAAGCUAAGUAGCACCCCCAUGAGGACCGAGACGCUCCAUGCUCCUAACACUGUUAAUGAGACUGCGCCAAAGGCUCAGAAAAGCAUCAAAUCAUCAUCCAAAUUCAGGGAUUCUACUCUGUCAAGCAAGCACCGGUCCACCAAGAGGCCAGAAUACGCUGAGUUCUACGGUUCAUCCGAAACACCUCAAGCAAGCGCAAAGGUCCCAAAAGACCGACUCCGCCACCGUCACCGGGAGAAAAGUGGGGAGGUUGCCUACGGGAGUGGUCAUCCAGAGCCCAAGCCCGCUGAGAUGAAACCUGCGGAUUACAACGAUCCGAAGUAUGAUCACUACAACAUGAGGAACAAAUAUGGCACCGACACCGGAUUCAGGUAUUAACUGAUGGUGAUGGUGAUAGUGAUAGUGAUGCUGGGGCUCUUGUUAUCACGCCUAGCGGUGUAUGUGCUGAUAUUAACUUCCAAUUGCAAAAGCACAAAGCUGCUGCUCAUGGGUCAUUGUCUCACCCUUUUUUCCGCCCAUCAGAUAUUCAGAUGUGGCAGGUAAAACCAGUCUAGCUAUCUUAGGUGGGUGGGGGAACCUGUGCAUCAGUUGACAUCCUGUAUCUCGUAUGCUUUUCCAUCAAGCUGGAUGUAAUUUUCACAGAUUGACAUGUAGCCUGUUAACUUGAUCUGCUAUCUCCACACAUCUGUUCGUCGCUUGUGUUGUGGAACUGCAAUGCGUGACAGAUUGACAUGUAUAUCAGUUGAGACCUGCGUUCAGGGCAGGGGCGUAAAACUUUCUGCGCCAGCUGUUUGCAUUG